AUGCGUUUCCUGUUGCUGUUCAGCCGGCAGGGGAAGCUGCGACUGCAGAAAUGGUUCACACCAGUAGCAGAGCAGGAGAAGAAGAAGGUGAUCCGGGACAUGAUCAUGUUAGUGUUGGCCCGUCCGUCACGUUCCUGCAACUUCCUCGAGUGGAGAGACCUGAAGAUCGUUUACAAGAGGUAUGCCAGUUUGUAUUUCUGUGCUGGGAUGGAGGAAGAGGAUAACGAGCUGCUGAGCCUCGAAGUGGUGCACAGAUAUGUCGAGUUGCUGGACAAAUACUUUGGCAAUGUGUGUGAGUUGGACAUCAUUUUCAACUUUGAGAAGGCUUACUUCAUUCUGGACGAAUUCCUGAUGGGAGGAGAAGUUCAAGAAACGUCAAAGUUUGCUGUGGGGGCAUCUGUGGAGGAGGCUGACACAUUCCAAGAGACAAUGGAGGAAUAUAUGAGCAAACCUGCCUACUGA